AUGUCUAUGGAUUCUGGAAGUAAUUCCGUCGAAAAGAGCAAUGAAUUCAUCGCUGAUGAUGUCACUUCAAAUAGAUCCAAUACUGUAAGGAGAAUGUUAAUUCAAGAAUACAGGAAAAUUGGUAGAGGUGCAUUCGGUACAGUAGUGCAGGCGUAUAUUACACCAAAUAAAGAAAAUUGGUAUGGUCCGUUUGCUAUUAAAAAAGUUCCUGCUCAAACAGAAUAUAAAUCAAGAGAAUUAGAAAUCCUUAGAAUCACAAAUCAUCCGAAUGUUGUCAAAUUGGAAUAUUUUUUUACACAUGUAUCUCCACAAGAUCAUAAGGUUUAUCAACAUUUAGCAAUGGAAUGUCUACCAGAAACUUUACAAAUUGAAAUUAGCCGAUAUGCUCAUAAUAAAUUGGAAUUAGCUUUGAAACAUGUUAAACUCUAUAGUUAUCAAAUUGCAAGAGGGAUGUUGUAUUUACAUGCAUUGGGAAUUUGUCAUCGUGAUAUAAAACCUUCAAAUAUAUUAGUAGAUCCAAGUACAGGUGUCUUAAAGAUUUGUGAUUUUGGUUCUGCUAAAAGAUUGGAACCAAAUCAACCAUCAAUUAGUUAUAUUUGUUCAAGAUUUUAUAGAGCUCCAGAAUUAAUCCUUGGAUGUACUCAAUAUACAACAAAAGUUGACAUUUGGGGGCUUGGAUGUGUCAUCGGUGAAAUGCUUAUGGGGAAAGCUAUCUUCCAAGGUCAAGACCCACUUUUACAAUUACGUGAAAUUGCUAAAUUAUUAGGACCUCCAGAUAAAAAAUUCAUUUUUUUCUCAAAUCCAGGUUAUGAUGGUCCAUUAUACUCGAAACCUUUGUUUUCUGGAACAUCAAAGGAACGUUUUGAAAAAUAUUUUGGUCAUGCUGGUCCUGAUGGAAUUGAUUUAUUAACGAAAGUCUUAGUUUAUUCUCCAGAAAUAAGACUCUCUCCAAGACGUAUACUAAAUCAUAGCUUUUUUGAUGAUUUGCUAAAAGAACAAUAUUUCUUCCCAAGAGAUUCCACUCAACCUGUUCGUUUACCAAAUUUAUUUGAUUUCAGUGAAUUUGAGUUAAAAAUAUUGGGAGAAUGGGGUAAUAAAUUCACAAAACAACCUGAAGAUCAUUAA